UGGUUUUGGGGCUGAACAAAAUGACAAAAUAGGGAUUGCAGGAAGCAGAAGAUACUAGUAAUAGUCACUGCUUGAAGUAUAGCCGAAUUGUCUGGAGCUGGAGCUAUAUUUGCAAUAGUGGGUGGAAUGGGAGAGUCCAAAUAUAUCUUCUUGUCAUGGCUUCUAGUUUGUUCAAUGCCUCAUAAUGUAUGCUCACAUGGAGAUCAACCUUUGUCAAAAAUUGCUGUUCAUAAAGCUACAAUAUCCCUUCUUGACCUUGCUUACAUCAAAGCAUCUCCAACAGUUCUUGGAUUAGAGGGGCAAGCUACAGAAUGGGUAACUGCGGAAUAUAGUUCUUCUAGUCCAUCAAAUGAUGAUUGGGUUGGUGUAUUUUCUCCUGCAAAUUUUAGUUCUUCAACUUGUCCAGAAGAAAAUCACCGGGUUUAUCCACCACUGCUGUGUUCUGCACCCAUUAAGUUCCAAUAUGCAAAUUACUCCAAUCCCCAGUACUUAGUAAAUGGAAAAGGAUUUCUGAGGCUUCAGCUGAUUAACCAGAGAUCAGAUUUCUCCUUUGCACUAUUUUCUGGAGGCUUGUCAAAUCCAAAGUUAGUGGCAGUGUCUGAUAAAGUGGCUUUUGUGAAUCCAAAUGCACCAGUUUACCCUCGUUUGGCAGUAGGGAAGUCAUGGGAUGAGAUUACUGUUACAUGGACAAGCGGAUAUGGGACAAAUGAAGCUGAACCUUUUGUUCAGUGGGGUCCUAAAGGUGGGGAUCAUAUGCAUUCACCUGCAGGGACUCAAACUUUCACAAGGGACAGCUUAUGUGGUGCACCAGCUAGAACAGUGGGAUGGCGUGACCCUGGAUAUAUACACACUAGUUUUCUGAGGGAACUGUGGCCCAACAAAAUAUAUGAGUACAAGGUAGGGCACAGGUUAAACAACGGUACAUAUGUAUGGAGUCAGAAGUAUGAGUUUAAGGCACCUCCUUUUCCUGGACAAAAGUCUUUGCAACGUGUAGUCAUAUUUGGUGAUAUGGGGAAGGAGGAAGCAGAUGGUUCCAAUGAAUACAACAAUUUCCAGCCUGGCUCACUUAACACAACCAGGCAGCUCAUCCAAGAUUUAAAGAACAUUGACAUAGUUUUCCAUAUUGGAGAUAUAUGUUAUGCAAAUGGGUACCUUUCUCAGUGGGAUCAAUUCACAGCACAGGUGGAGCCAGUUGCAUCAGCAGUACCUUACAUGAUUGCAAGUGGAAAUCAUGAGAGAGACUGGCCAGGGACAGGGUCCUUUUAUCAGAACAUGGAUUCUGGUGGAGAAUGUGGCGUAUUGGCAGAGACUAUGUUCUAUGUUCCAGCUUCUAACAGGGCCAAGUUCUGGUAUUCAGUUGACUAUGGGAUGUUCCGGUUCUGUAUUGCCGACACAGAGCAUGAUUGGAGAGAGGGCACAGAGCAGUAUGAGUUCAUAGAACAUUGUUUUGCAUCAGUGGACAGACAGAAACAGCCAUGGCUUGUGUUCCUAGCACAUAGGGUGCUUGGUUAUUCUUCUUGUAUCUGUUAUGCACUAGAAGGAUCAUUUGGAGAGCCAAUGGGGAGAGACAGCCUUCAAAAGCUGUGGCAAAAGCACAAGGUGGACAUUGCCAUCUAUGGCCACGUCCACAACUAUGAGAGGAAUUGCCCCAUAUACCAGAGUAUCUGCACCAGUGAAGAGAGACAACACUACAAGGGACCCUUACAUGGGACCAUCCAUGUGGUUGCUGGUGGUGGAGGAGCAAGCCUCUCAACAUUCACUACUCUCAAGACCAAAUGGAGUAUCUUUAAAGACUAUGAUUAUGGGUUUGUAAAACUUACUGCAUUUGACAGUUCAAAUCUCUUGUUUGAGUACAAAAAGAGCAGGGAUGGGAAAGUCUAUGACUCCUUCAGCAUAUCAAGGGAUUACAGAGACAUCUUGGCCUGCACAAAGGAUAGUUGCCCAAGUACAACUCUAGCAUCUUGAAUGAUGAAAUGGCUGGAUCAGUUCAUAUAUGACACGUUCCAACUUGUUAUAGCAGUGGAUAGAUUUUCUUGUAUCAAUAGCAGAUGGAUGUAUCAGGGCUAACCUGUCCUAAUCAUCAUCACUGAGUUCCAAGGCAAACUUGGGUUUGCUAGAAUAUACAAUCCAGUAUACUAUUUACUAUU